ACGUGACCACCGGCGAAUCACGUUGCACGGCGGCCGCGUCUCGCCCCUGCGCGCGACGUACCGAGCGCCCGUUGCUCCAUUCUUUGACGAACGGCGCGGACGGUCGCGGUAAGGUGUGGCCCGCACCAAGUGAGCGCGAUAAGACCAAGGUAGGAAUUGUGAAAAACAAUACGAGAGAAUUCGAAAACGAGAGCGAAGGACGCGAGGGUAGAACACGGGGAGAGGAAAGCGAGAAGAGAGUUUCGUGACAUACUUCGAGUCGAGUCGAGUCGAGUCGUCGAGAAGCUUCGCGUCUUCUUGGCCGAGGGAAUUCGUCGACGGAUUGAGGAAUUUCUUACCUCGCAUUUUCGUAAGGUGAAGGAGUGGAACGAAAAAAGAGAGGACCGAGUGGAAACGUCGACACCAUCGACAUCGUCGAGAAGAUCGUGCCGAUCCGAUCGGACGGAUACGGAAACACGGCAGAGUUGUCGCGUUAGUCGCGUACGCGGUCCAGCGUGUGCGCGGGCCACGGCGGCGAACCUACGCUCUGAAAGUGGGGGCGAAUGAGCGCGGCGUGGCGCGGCGCGGCGAGACGAGGCACGACGGUGGGAGUGAAGUGCGCGGCUUGCGGUGGGCGCGACGAGGAUGGAACGAUCGCUGCUCGCGCGCGCCGAGAGGACGAUGGGGGCGAGCUCACGGAGGGUCGGUGAGCGCGAGAUAGAGUGAGCGCGUCGCGUCGGUCGCGUACGGUCGGACAUGCAUCUCCCGCACGGCGAGCGUAAACAUUCCACAGUCGUGCCGUUAAUUGGACGCGUCGUCUUGAUUCACGAGGAGAUCGAUAACCGGGACAAGCUGGCGGUGGUGGCGACGACGACGACGGCGACGACGACGACGGCGACGGUUACAGUGGCGGCUGCGGUGGUGGUGGUGACGGCAACAACGGUGGGGAAGCAAGAGGUGAAGGCGGAGUAACAUACGCAGCGCGGCGUAGUAUCGCAGGAAAUGAUGGCAACGCGUGAGAACCCGUCGGAUCACGCCGUCGACGGGUGAACCUCGCGCGAUCGUUUUCCCGGAUGACGCGUCCGGGGAACGUGUGCCGUCACUCAACUCCAAGUGCCAUUUCGUAUAUAUCCAUAUCCAGUAAUUAUUAGUCGCAGCAGACGCUCGUAGAAACGCGCGUGCACGCAUUCACUACGGACACACGCUUCGUUCAUUCGCUUUCAUUGUGGAGAACGCGCGACAGGGCUGACAACUCGCUGGGCUCUUCGACGGGCAACUCAGGAGUCGACGGUAUUCGCGCUAGCCGAUACGUGCAAGUUUCUUCAAGUGACGACCAGUGACGACCAAGCAAGAAUCAUCCUAAUUAUCGUCUUAAUUAACAACGUUUUGACAAUUAUGUUGUUUAUUGUUUGCCGAAGGUGCCGUGUCCAAUAAUGACGGCACUUCGAUGCUGCAGAGGCUCAAGAAUAUCUUUGUAGCGGAAGCUCAGUGACUGAUCAUCUGAAGGAAAUAUUUACGUUCGGAAGCUGUUUUGCGGGACAAAUCAGCGCCGUUUGUCUAGAAGACACAUAAAUACUACUAAAUACAGGAGUGUGCUAGAAUACAAGUGUAAAGACUCAAGAUGCCUGAUAGUGCAAUGGAAGAGGAUCUUUUGGGUCCAGAAUGGUUGUUCGGGGAGUUGAGAUCACAGGAUGGUCCCAACAAACUUCUUAUUCUGGACUGUAGAGCACACUCGGACUUCUCUGAUGCUCAUAUAAGAGGUUCGGUACCUCUGACUAUACCCAGUAUCAUGUUGCGAAGAUUGGCUGCUGGUAAAGUGGACCUCUUGUCCACAAUACGGUGCUUAGAUCUGAGAAACAGAGUGGAGAUGUUUCUGUGUGGAGAUGAAAACAGAAGAGGGACAUUUGUACUAAUUGGUGACACUACAGAUUCUGGAGGUCAUCAGGGUGAAACAUUACAAGUUUUGACCCGGAGACUUAAAAGCAGUGGAGGAAAUGUUGCCUCUUUAAUCGGUGGUUUUGAAGCAUUUAAAGAUAAAUAUCCAGAGUGGUGUGAAGGUAGUCAAGCCACUAAUGAAUGUGACCCAGGUCAGGACAAUAACGAUGGUGAAUUAAUGGGCCUUAGAUCCCUUCGGAUAUCUACUCCACCAACCAGGUCUUACUCAGACUCUGACAGUGACAGCACAUGUGAUUCAAUUGGUCCUGAGGAAGAUAAAGACUUUCCGGUGGAAAUUUUACCUCAUUUGUAUCUCGGUAACGCGGCCAAUAGUGAAGAUCGCGAGGCUUUAGCGCGGCACAGGAUACAGUACAUACUCAAUGUGACACAGGAUUUGCCAAAUGUGUUUGAAAGCGGUGGUUCAAUAAAGUACAUGAAGAUACCGAUAAGCGAUCACUGGAGUCAGAACUUGGCUAGUUUCUUCCCGCAGGCGAUUCAGUUUAUAGAGGAGGCACGGAACUCAGAUAAGGGAGUGCUGGUACAUUGUUUGGCCGGAAUUUCUCGGUCUGUCACGAUCACCGUGGCUUAUCUUAUGCACAAGUGCAGCCUCAGCCUGAAUGAUGCUUUCAACCUAGUACGUAGUAGAAAGUCCAAUGUUGCACCGAAUUUUCACUUUAUGGAGCAGUUACAUAGCUUCGAGCAAGAAUUGAAGAACCGAGGGGGAGAAAACAAGAAUAACGACCAAAGGUGCAUCGGGGCAUGCCGACCCAAUGGGCCCUGCAAUUGUCCGGCGCCCAGUUUCCUGAGUCCCAUUGAUUUGGGACUCAGUCCCGACUCAGGAAUCGAGUUUGACAGGUGGGCGGCAAGUACACCGGCCGAAUGAAACGAACUUGGGGGUACCCAAUACAAAUUUUAGGUCUCCGUCACGUAUUAUCAGGAAAAUCCUGAUCGAACGUUAUGAUAACGCGCUUUAUCAUUUUUGAUAUGUGAGACGCAUUGAAGUUCGCCCUUCGCGGUAUCUCCAGAUGAAAUGGGAUAUUAGUCGCGUUUGGCGAGCGCUGAGACGUAGCUGUUAGAGGCAUCCGAAGUUAGUUAUCGCGCCGAUACCUCAUAAUUUCUCGAUUUUUUCUAUCGAACCUCUUAUUCCUAGCGUAACUAUUAUAUGGCUACGUUUAUUAAAGAUACAUAAAGCAUUUGAAACUCUGAUUUGAUUAUUUGAAUUCUAAAAUUGAAUUUUAAAAAGAUUAUAAUUUCUAAAGACACUCAUGCAAGUAGUGUCUUUAGUACUACUCGUGCAAUAUUCGACGUUAUAUACAAGAAAAUAAACUUUUGUCUAAAUUCAGAAAUAAUUGAGGAAUGAGAGGAUUAAAAAAAA